UGGCCAAUAGGAAGGCGGCGGGGCGGGCGCGAGAAGGCCGGUAGGAAGCGCGGGGCCGGGCUCGGUGUCGGCGGUUUGAGGAGUGCGGUGAGCGGGGCUGUGAGGGCGUUCGCUCCUGUCGGGCCGCUUUUCGUGCCGCUCUCCCGCCUCCUCGCACCGCUAAGGUGAGCGAAGCUUUCCUCACCGUCUCCGCGAGGCGCAGCCUGACCCGGCCCGGCGCUGAGGGCAGGAGCCGGUGGCCGUCGCUGAGUCGCGGAGCUCCGGGGCCGAGCGCUGAGGGCUCUGAGUAGCGGGUCGGGGGCAGCGCUCUGGGGCGGCUGCUGGGAGAGCAGCGUUAGGGGCGGCUCCGCAGAGAAUCGCGGCGAGCAGAAGUGAAACCGUCCGUGUUGUCAUCACUUUCGGUUCUCGGGCGGAACGCGGCCAUGGCUGCAGUCACGGAGGUGGAGACCCAGCUGUGUGGCAACUGCAAAAAGGACAUUCCUGCUGCUAAUUUCACCAUUCACGAAAUCCACUGUAGCAGAAAUCUUGAAGUGUGCCGCUACUGCAAUGAGUCAGUCCCAAAGUCUGAGAUGAAGAACCACAUUGAAUCUGAACACGUGCAGGUUACCUGCAAGUGCGGUAUGAGGGUUGAAAAAAGCCUCCUGGAGGAUCAUGAGACAUCGGCAUGCCCUUUGCGUCCUGCAGUCUGCCAGCAUUGCGACAUCCAGCUUACUUUCAAUAAGCUUCAGGAUCAUGAAAGUUACUGUGGAGCUAGGACUGAGAUGUGUAGUGGGUGUGGUCUUAACAUAAUGGUAAAAGAUCUAAAAGAGCAUCCCCAGGUCUGUGGGAAAGAGGUGAAGCGAGUAAGCAAAACAGUGCCUCGCUUUGAGGGUGAGGAUGCAGAUUUCCGUGCCCUUCGAGACAUAAGAAACCAGCUAAAAUCAGAUAACUGUGCUGGGCCUUUGUGGAGAAUGCCCAGGGUACUAGAAAAGCAGAUCUAUAGCAACUGUGUAGGAGACAGAACAUCUAAGGACAUUAGCAGAAGGAAUGUUUCAAGAAUACAAAGAAAUCAAAAUCAAGAGUAUGAACUGGAGCAGCUGGAGAGAAAUAAAAACAUUAACUCACUUUAUGAAGAGCAGAAUGCCAACUUAGACCACAUGUUGGCUCUUAGCCUUCAGAAUGAGAAUAAUCCUCGCAAUAAUACUGCAGCAGAGAUUCACAGGAAUGUCUGGAAAAACCACUAUGCCAAAGAGUCUGUGGCAUCUUCCUGUCCCAGUGAAACAGACAACUCAAAUACCUUUCCUUCUGACUCUCUAUUGUCUUUGAACACUUCAAACCACGUAAAAAGUGAUGAGAUCAUGUUGCCGUGUGAGUUUUGUGAGGAGCUCUACCCUGCUGAAGAUCUGAUUCUUCAUCAGACAGGUUGUAACCCAGGAAGUGCCUUUGCCUCCUUUAGUAAAAGAAGUUCUCUGGAUGCACAAAAAUAUGAUGGUCUGCGUAAUACUGGGUACAGUAGCUGUAGGUCUGAUUACUCAUCCCGGUACCAACCUGUCCAGGAAGAAGGAAACAUUAUCAUUCCCUGUGAAUUUUGUGGCAUCCAACUAGAAGAGGAGAUACUUUUUCAUCAUCAGGAUCAAUGUGACUUGCGUCCAGCCACAGCCAACCCAGCAGACAACUUUCCAUUGCAGCAGCCACCAUCUCCUCGAGACAACAGAGAGAGAAAAGAAUCUCCAGAGCUGGCUCGGAGGCGAAUCAGGCAUCAAGGCGAUGUUUCUCCUCGGUGCAUAGAAGGCUUCAGGCAGCAGAGGCUCAGUUAUCCUACACGAGGGAACAGGGCACUGAGUAAUGCAGCAAAUGCCAGGAACGCGCCACUGACCUCUUCUGGUACCGUGAGAACUAGCGAUGCCCCGAACUCGAGAGGGAAGCCGAGGAAGGUGGCUGCUAAUGAGGGAAGGCUGAAGAACAGAGGUGCAGGUGAAAUUGCCACCGGGACAACGCCGCGUGCGAGACCCACUCAGAACUUUGCCUCGGAAACCUUCACAUCCAGCUCGUCCAGAACUUCUGCAGUCCAACCAAGCAUCCGAAGUGAAGGAGGAAGGAGGGCAGGGAUGUCAGAUGCUCCGGUUGGCUUCAGGAGCAGGAAGGUGAAGGCAAAACCCCAGAGCCCUGAAUCUGGGUAUCCAGAGGAAGAGUGAUCUCCCACAUAUGAAAAACAUAUCUAGCGCUCUACGCACUCUACUAUGCACUAUAGUACUUAUUUAUCUGAACGCAAGUAAUUGCUAUAUUGCCAUGUCAUUGAACACUUUAUAUGAAUUUAAAUUUUUAUGGGCAGCGAUCAUUUUAUAUAUGUCUUUUUUAAUUUGUGAGUGUAUACUACAGAUUUUUACUUCUGUGAUCAACACUAGCAAGGUCCUAAGACAUGUAUUUGCUAUUACACUUCUGCUUCGGGAACCACAUCCUCCCUGUUUCUAUACUAGCUUUUAGCAACACCCACUGAAAGAAUUUCUUUUGGCAUACUCCUCUCUAGGCAUGUUUCCUGCUUGCUCAGUGCUAGUUAUUCUGAAGGCAGCAAUGCUAUGAAGAAAAGCAAAGCAAGUUCUCAGCCAGGACUAGGCAGGGGACAAGGGGGAGGCAGUAGAUUGUCAGAGCCCUCUGAGAGAUGCUCUGUGCAGUGUAUGGAACGCACCCGGUGCUGGGAGGGGGCUGGUUUGUGGCACACUGAAUCUAGCUGUUUGGAGCAAGGCUUUCUUUAUGGCAAGGAGCAGCUGAAAAGAGGGGGACAGGGUGCUACUGCCACCUCGCAGCUUUUUGUUGGGCCCUGUGGUGCAGAAGGCAGCUUCAUGUCCCAGUGUGUUACCUGAAGGGCCUAGGGGAUCGUGACUUCUACAGUGGAUGAGCUCUAAUCCCAGGAUUGUAUGGUAAAAUGCUUUUUAAUGCUGUAUUAGUCAAUCCUUUUUAAACUCCUUGUAAUAAAUUUAUCUAAUGAUAUCCUAAAA